UGAUCUAACUAUCAACAUGUUUUGGGGAUUAAUAAUGGAACCCAACAAACGGUACACCCAAGUGGUGGAGAAGCCGUUCCACAUUUCACAGGCUGCUAUGGACACAUCAACUGGUGAUAAUGAGCCAUGUCAAGUGAUGGUUGUUGUUGAUGGAAAGAACUUUCUCGUGUGCACUCUCCAGAAAAACAAAUGCAUUCAAGUUCCACUUGACUUGUAUUUCAAAACAGGAGACUCUAUUGCCUUUUUGACUAAUGGUAAAUGCAAUGUACAUCUAACUGGAUACUUGGACCCUGAGUUUGAGGAUGAGCAGUCAGAGGAUGAGGAAGAGGUUGAAGAAGAAGAGGAAGAAACUUCAGCACCUAUCAACAACAAAAGGAAACUUGAAAACAAUACUAAUGCUACUGCCAGCAAGAAAGCCAAGCCAGAUAAAAAAACUGCAAAAAAAACAGCUGCAGCUGAGAGCUCAGAUGAUGAUGAUGAUGAUGAUGAGGAAGAUCAACUUCAGAAAUUGUUGGAUGGUGAAGAUAUUGACACAGAUGAAAAUGAUGACUCAUUCAAAAUGAAUACUUCUGGUGAUGCUAGUGAUGAUGAAGAUGAAGAGGAUUCUGAUGAAGAAGAAGGUGAUGAUGAUGAUAAAGAUGAAGAGUCUGAGGAGGCUGAAACCACUUUGGAUACAAGUAAGGAAGAAUCCAAAGUUGAUACUUCCAAGCUUACCAAGUCACAGAAACGGAGACUCAAGAAGAAACAAAAGCAACAAGAAAAAGCCCAAGGACAGGUGAAUGGUGUUGACAAACCCAAGAAAGAGAAAGCAGAACCACAAAAAACUGAAAAGAAAAAGGCUGCAGCUAAAAAAGAAAAUGAGGAGGGUCCAAUUGAAAAAAAGGAGAAGAAAGCUCUCAGUGGUGGAGUACAAAUUGAGGACCUGAAACUUGGUAAUGGUCCUGUUGCUAAGCCAGGCAAAGUUGUCAUGGUCUACUAUGAAGGUCGCCUUAAACAAAACAACAAAAUGUUUGACAACUGCCUCAAGGGACCUGGAUUCAAGUUCCGUCUUGGCGCAAAAGAGGUCAUUAGCGGCUGGGAUGUUGGUGUUUCUGGUAUGAAAGUCGGAGGCAAAAGGAAGAUUAUCUGCCCUCCCGGCAUGGCGUAUGGUGCAAAAGGCUCUCCUCCAGUUAUUCCACCUAACUCCACCUUAGUAUUUGAAGUUGAAUUGAAGAAUGUUAAGUGA